AGUUGCGUAAAUUGACGUCCGCUGUAAUGCGGGCAGGUAAUUUGUCCCUGAUGGAGCGCCGUAGCAAUCCGAGAGGAGCAAACACUUGAGGAGCGUGUGCAGCCAAUCGUCAGUCCAAGCCCGCAAGACUACAACCAGCCUGGAAGUGGGAGGGAGGACUCGGGAAGCAAAACAUGGCGAAAUAACAAGUUGGGCUGCAUCCGCUUUUUUUGAAACUGCACCGUGUCUUUAGUGUUGAGUGUAACUACCAGUACAUAAACAAUUUGAGGACGAGCGAGAACGAAGCCGACGCUUAAUUUUAGAGAGUCGUUGGCCCCAAUUUAGAAGGAUUGCGGCGGCGCCUGGCGUAGAAAAGUAGUGCUCGUCUGCGCUUUCCCCCCCCCCGGAAGGUUGGCGGUGCUAGGCGCGACUGUCAACACAGAAAAUGGAUGAAGAAGGAAAGUUUAUUCUGGAAAAGACUAUGUAGCCGACUAGCCUUAGCCACGUUAGCUCGCUAGUUGACGUCGGGUCGACCGCGCGCACCUGACUGUUCUAAUCAACGUGAGCGCUGCUCGAAAUUUAAGGAAUAUUUAAGUCGUGUUAACAAGUUUUGACAACCGCAGUCCGCAAAGGAUCGUAUUUCAAUCGAGGCCAUUAUUUUUCAUUUUCCGCACUUGCCUGUCUAUUCUUGAAGACAUAUUGCAGGCUGACAGUGACAGUCGGUUCUGGUGCGGGCGGAUCCGGGACGCCAUCACAUCAGACGUUGAGUUCUCUAAAAACAUUGCGCCGUUGAGGCGUAGCUGUUACAUGUUAUUUCUCCGCCUCAGCAGCGGAACGAGGAAUGCUUUCAGCAGCUCGCCGGGCUCCUGUCUGGUAGUUAGUGGUCCCCUCCUCCGCUGCACGCAGCAUUUUAUUAACAUUAACUUAGCUGGAUGUUGUACAGCGGCAGAGACGCGGCGUCUCGUCGACAUGAACGCAGCAAGGUGUCCAACGCUGGAGGUGCGUCGCGUUGAAAACCUGCCAGUUGUUAGAACGGUGCCGAUGGUCGGCUAACGGGGACGUGACCGCUCUGUCGAAAUACCUCUCACGUGAAGUUAACUGUCUUUCGGCCGGUAAAUUGUAAAAAAAGAGUUUAUAUCACUGUAUCUGUCGAGCGGAGUUGACGUGAGCUAGCCAGCUGGGUGCGUCUGUGGCGGCUCAAUCUGCGAUGUGUUCGCUAAUCUGAGAGCUACCGCGCGGUUCCGCAACAGUUCCAGCAUAUCGGACGGCCCGUUUUUUGCUGGAUUAAAUCUGCAGAUAAUACCGCUCAAGAUUGUUGUAGCAGCCACGGACGAUUCCCCUCAGUGUUUCUCGUCACAUAUCUGGCUAACUUGGUAGCUACGGCUGUAAGUUUCUGCAGCCAUGUCUGAAAACGCCCCCACACGAAGCCUGGAAGACAUCGACCUCGCAGCUCUCAGGGAUCCUGCCGGGAUCUUUGAGCUGGUCGAGGUUGUCGGCAAUGGGACCUAUGGGCAGGUGUACAAGGGCCGUCACGUGAAGACGGGGCAGCUGGCUGCCAUCAAGGUGAUGGAUGUUACGGAGGAGGAAGAAGAGGAGAUCAAAGCUGAAAUCAACAUGCUGAAAAAAUACAGCCACCACCGCAACAUCGCCACGUACUACGGUGCCUUUGUCAAGAAGAGUCCACCAGGACAUGAUGAUCAACUUUGGCUGGUGAUGGAGUUCUGUGGGGCGGGAUCAGUGACCGACCUGGUAAAAAACACCAAGGGCAGCUCUCUGAAGGAGGACUGGAUUGCUUACAUCUGCAGAGAAAUCCUCCGGGGCCUUUCUCAUCUCCACGCCCAUAAAGUCAUCCACAGAGACAUCAAGGGCCAGAACGUGCUGCUAACAGAGAAUGCGGAGGUCAAACUCGUUGAUUUUGGGGUGAGUGCUCAGUUGGACAGGACUGUCGGGCGUAGGAACACCUUCAUCGGCACACCAUACUGGAUGGCACCUGAGGUCAUUGCCUGUGAUGAGAACCCUGAGUCCACCUAUGACUACAGGAGUGAUAUCUGGUCCUUGGGAAUCACAGCCAUUGAGAUGGCCGAGGGAGCUCCUCCCUUGUGUGACAUGCACCCGAUGAGAGCCCUCUUCCUCAUUCCCAGGAACCCUCCCCCAAAACUUAAAUCCAAAAAAUGGUCCAAGAAAUUCAGUGACUUUAUCGAGGCCUGUCUGGUGAAGACCUACACGAGCCGACCAUCCACAGAGCAGCUUCUCAAGCACUCUUUCAUCAGGGACCAGCCCACUGAGCGCCAGGUCCGAAUUCAGCUCAAAGACCACAUUGACCGUACGCGGAAGAAGAGGGGAGAAAAAGAAGAAACCGAGUACGAGUACAGUGGCAGUGAUGAAGAGGAUGAAAAUCGUGGAGACGACCGAGAGUCGAGUUCCAUCCUCAACGUGCCCGGUGAGUCCACCCUGCGGCGGGACUUCCAGCGCCUGCAGCAGGAGAACAAGGAGCGCUCGGAGGCUCACAAGAGGCAGCAGGCCCAGCUGGCUGCUCAGCGUCGGGACCCGGAGGAACACAAGAGGCAACUGUUGCACGACCGUCAGAAACGCAUUGAGGAGCAGAAGGAGCAGCGUCGACGACUUGAAGAGCAACAGAGAAAGGAGCGAGAGAUGGUGAGGCAGCAAGAAAAAGGUCCCCAUCGGAGACUCGACGACAUGAGACGGGAGGAAGAUAGAAGGUUGGCUGAGAGGGAGCAGGAGUUUAUCAGGCAUAAAUUAGAAGAAGAGCAGCGGCAGUUAGAAAUCCUUCAGCAGCAGCUGCUUCAGGAGCAAGCACUGCUUAUGGAUUAUAAGCGCAAGCAGCUGGAGGAACAGCGUCAGUCAGAGCGACUGCAGAGGCAGCUGCAGCAGGAGCAUGCCUACCUGGUGUCUCUGCAACAACAGCAGCAAGAAAAGAAGCCCCAGCUCUACCACUAUAACAAAAACCUGGAGCCCAACAACAAGCCUUCUUGGGCCCGUGAGGUGGAGGAGCGAAGUAAGCUCAACAGACAGGGCUCACCUAAAAUCUGCACCACUGUCUCUGACAAUGCCCUCCAGUCGCGCUCUGACUCAAUCAGCCAGCCCGGAGCGAACCAGUCUGAUCAGACCCCCCCGAUGCAGAGGCCUGUUGAACCCCAAGGGGGGCAGGGAAAGUUCCAAAUGGCUCACUUGGUUCCGCUGAAGCCGUAUGCUGCCCCUGUCCCUCGUUCCCAGUCCCUCUGCGACCAGCCCACUAAGACCAUGUCCGCAUUCCCCACCCAGGAUCCCUCCCUUACCCCAUCACCCCGUCCCAUCCAUUCUAGAGAGCUGAUGCGUCAAAACUCAGACCCGACUUCUGAAACCCCGGCACCACAGGCACACCAGAUGGGAGAGGACCGGGGCCCCUGGAUCCGCCUGCCAGAUGUGGAACUCCCACCCAAGAUUCCACAAAGGACGGCGUCUAUUGCCACAGCUCUCAACACCAACCUGAACUCUGGCAUAAGGCACCCAGUGCGAGCCAGCAAUCCAGAUCUCAGCCGCAAUGAUCGCUGGGAGAGAGGAGACAGUAUGAGCAUUAUAGGCAAUCUUCCCCAGACUGGCUCUCUAGAGAGGCAUCGCAUUCACAGUUCCUCCAAAAUGGAUUCGCCCAUGCUCUCCCAUGACAGCCGUCAUAAGCCAGGGGAGUCUCGCACCUCCUCCCGCCCUGGGCGCCCUGCAGACCAUGGCCUGUUUGCCAAGGAGCGCGCUGAGGAGCAGCCAAGGCCCCCAGUCAAGGCCAAUGAUUACUCCUCCUCUUCGGAGAGCAGCGAGAGUAGUGAGGAGAGUGAGAGUGGCGAGGGAGCAGAGGAGGAAGAAAGCCCCACAGAUCGUCACAGGGAUGCAGACACUGAUUCCAUCAACACCAUGGUGGUUCACGAAGACGAAGGCGAGGGGGGCGAGGGAGAGCAAGCUGGAGGCUACGGGGAUCAGACCAUGCUGGUGCAGAGGACCCCAGAGAAGCGGAGCCAUAAUGGAUACACUAACUUGCCAGAUGUGGUGCAGCCCUCCCACUCCCCCACAGAUUCAGCCACCCACUCCUCCCCUGGGAAGGAAUCUGUUUAUGAUUAUCAUUCCAGAGGUUUGGUUAAAGCAUCUGGCAAGUCCUCCUUCACCACCUUUGUGGAUCUGGGCAUGUACCAGUCCCCAGAAGGUACAGGGGAUAACAUGUCCGUCACUGGUUCCUUAGGCUCCAGGUUUGAGCAGCUGAAGAUGGAGGUGAGGAAAGGAUCCAUGGUGAACGUCAACCCCACCAACACACGCCCCCCCAAUGACACACCUGAGAUCCGCAAGUACAAGAAGAGGUUCAACGCUGAGAUCCUGUGUGCUGCCCUCUGGGGUGUGAACCUGUUGGUGGGCACCGAGAAUGGUUUGAAGCUGCUGGACCGUAGUGGUCAAGGCAAGGUUUACCCCCUCAUCAACUCGCGCAGGUUCCAACAGAUGGACGUCCUGGAGGGCCUCAACCUGCUCAUCACCAUCUCAGGCAAGAAAAACAAGGUGCGUGUCUACUACCUGGCCUGGCUGAGGAACAAGAUCCUCCACAAUGACCCUGAGGUGGAGAAGAAGCAGGGCUGGACCACUGUGGGGGAGAUGGAGGGCUGCGUGCACUACAAAGUGGUGAAAUACGAGAGGAUAAAGUUCCUCGUGAUUGCUUUGAAGAAUGCGGUAGAAGUGUACGCUUGGGCGCCCAAACCUUAUCACAAAUUCAUGGCCUUCAAGUCGUUUGCAGACCUGCCACACAGGCCCGUCCUGGUCGACCUGACGGUGGAGGAGGGUCAGAGGUUGAAGGUCAUCUACGGUUCAUGUGCUGGCUUCCACGCCAUCGACGUGGACUCCGGAAACAACUACGACAUUUACAUCCCCGUUCAUAUUCAGAGCCAGGUGACCCCGCACGCAAUCGUGUUCCUGCCCCGCUCGGACGGCAUGGAGAUGCUGCUGUGCUACGAAGACGAGGGCGUCUACGUCAACACCUACGGGCGCAUCAUCAAAGACGUGGUCCUGCAGUGGGGCGAGAUGCCCACAUCUGUUGCUCAUAUCUGCUCAAAUCAGAUCAUGGGAUGGGGAGAGAAGGCCAUUGAGAUCCGCGCUGUGGAGACCGGCCACCUGGACGGCGUCUUCAUGCACAAAAGAGCUCAGAGGCUGAAGUUCCUUUGUGAGAGGAACGACAAGGUGUUCUUUGCAUCGGUGCGUUCUGGAGGCAGCAGCCAGGUGUACUUCAUGACGCUGAACAGAAACUGCAUCAUGAACUGGUGAAGAAACGGCUGCUCUGGUCAGUGUGUGGAACCCAGCAGGGUUCGGAGGAGGAAGGCCAUCGGAAACUCUCACAAUCUCAUGCACACACUCGAGAACACCUUUUCUCCUAUUCUCUUUGUCUUUCUCUCUCUCUCACACACUCAUGCGCUCAAGACAAACACACAUACUCAAACAACCCAUUCCAGCCUACGUGUGUACUCCUUAAGACAUCAUUUCCCCCCUCCCGAUAAAAUUGUUCCUGGGGAAAAAAAAUCACUGAGCUUCAAAUGUUAAUGCCAUCUUUUGAUUUGUACUGUAAAUAUUAUUGUCUGGAUUUACUUUACUUGGUGGACCGGUGUUCUGUCGUAACUAUUUAGUUCCUCAAUGUGAAAUAUGUAAAAAAAAAAAAAAAAAACAUUCCUUGAUGGUUCUACAAUAAGUUUUGAAGAAAGCAUUAUUUACCAAUACUGUAUGUUAAAAUGAAGCUGUAAAUAGGUAGCACCUUACACGUAGGUCUGAAGCCUUUGCAGGCCUCUUAUAUAGCCGUCAGUCGGUUUUGCCAUCGCACACACGGACGUCUAAUAAUAAAAUGCUGGAACGACCAUCUGCAGUGGCUUGUGGACCCCCAUUGUUGUGGGGCUCAUGAUUUCCGGGAGGUUUAAAGGAAGUAUUUGGUACAACACAUAUUACAAAGGGACAUUAAAGUUGGGACAAAGUAGCUCGUUUAAGUAUGUUUUAGUUGUGUAUAGUAGACAGUAAUCUGAAGUCCAGCUUUCACUAACUUGUUCUGACCUGAAUGGCAAAUGAUUUUGCAACUCUUAAUAACAGUCAGCCUGGAAUGCUUCAAAAGCAAAAUAGAUUUCAGUUUCAAUGAAUAAAUGAUCAAACUAAUCAGUUCACUAGAUGUGCAGUACUUGGAAUCGGUAAUGUGAAAUCUCCUGCUUUGCCUUCUUUUCUCUGCUUUAGGUGAAGACAUUCAUUAUUUGACUCAUCUGGCUUGUAUUUAAACUUUUUGUUUUCAUAGAUUUACAUAAUACAAAAAUGUUAUUUAUAUUUAGUGAUUCUGUAUUGGCCUAUUGGUAAUUUUACUUUAACUAUAUUGCCAUUAUAUUGCAAUAUAUGCUAAUCUGUGGAGUCUGUUUGAAAAGGGGAGUUUGUGUAUUUUGCUGAUUGUGUUCGAGAGUGUGACACCUUUUGGGGAGGGGCUUAUUCGUCAGUAAAAGAGGGCAUUGGAGGAACGUGAAAAGAGGGUGUGACAGAGUGUAGUGGUUAAGGGAGAUCAUUUUCCUGGUCCUUCCACCACCGUGAUCUACCCUACUGUAUUAUAUUUCAGUUCUAGGACUCUUUAGUUGGUGUGGAUCUUUCUGUUGUUGUUGAACAGCUUGUUGUGGUACAGUUCGUUCUUUGUCUUUGGCCAGUGGAAAGAUUAAAUGUCGGGUGACUCUGCAAUACCACAGAGGACUCCAUGUCAGCAGGCACUUUGGAGAAGACUGCUGGAACACAUGAGACGUAAUAUAUUUUAUAUCUAUACAUUCUGCCAAAGUUCACAGUAUAUUCUGCAGCGGGGUCGGAAGUUCGGCCACGAGGAGCUUUGCUCAGAUAGAGACUAUAAAGAUGUGUGUAGAAACUCUGACUGCAGAUCACUAACUGAUGUUCCUUUCUGUAAAUACAGCUCAACGGUCAGCUGCCUUCUCGACUAUUAUUGGAUGGCGCUUAAUGAGCUGCUUUGGAUUUCCUCGUUUGUUAAUAUUGCAUAGAUGUCCCGCCCUUUUUUUGAAGGGAAUGAACUGUGGGCUUCGUUUAGGCAGCGGCACACGGGGGAUUCUGUGUGCUCCCAUACACCGGGCAGUACGGUAGACACACGAGGCGGCGUCAUUAGGAAGUAGAUUGCUGAUUUCCUGUCUGCGGUGAGUUGGUCAACAUGUGAAUCAAGCUUUUUGAUCAGUGAGUCACGAGGUGUUCGAGCAGCACGGUCUCAACAGGUGGACAUUUUAAAGGCACGCCUGUCAUCAGCAUGGAGAUGUUUGAAUAACGUCUCCCUUUAUGUUCAACAAGCUCGUUCCUCUGCUUCUGAACAGAAGCUGACAUGUUGAUGUUAAGAGAACACAACUGUGAUUGUUGUUAAACUGCCAGAAAAAGGAAUCUGAUAGUGAUCAAUGGGAGUCUGCUCGAGGUCGCUAAGAAGAUAUCUUUCAUACAGAAACAAGUAAAGCUAUAAAGAAUACAGUAGAUGGUCAGAGCAGAUGGUGUUUAAUUACAGAGUAUAUAAACAGAUGGCUACUUUUGUGGUGAGAUUAUAAAAUCAACUAGAUGGGAAUGGAAAGCACUUUUACUUCAGUAAACAUACAUUUGCAAAUAUAUCUCGAGUAGAUACUUGGUGUGCAUGUAAGCCAUUGAAAUGGAGUCUAUAUAGUACUGUAUCCAAGUUUUUGUUCCCCUUUUGCGACUGUUUUCUUGAGUAUCUGUUCUGUGCCAUGACUUUCAUUUCACAACUACAAUCCACCAGGAGCUCUGGCACGUUGCUUUUAUGGUCAAAUCCUAAUUUUGUAAUCAAUCUGCCAUGUUUACAGUUAAAGCAGUGCCUUGGAGUUGGAAAGGUGAGAGAUUUAAGGAUGGGUUAUGCACACACACACACACACACGUCUGUUUCUUCAAAUCCCAUGUCGAAGAGACACAACUAUAUUUGCUCCUUUGAUAUUAUUUAUGCCCUGUGCCACUUCAAAAUCCCAAAUAUCCCGUUGGCACCAUGUAUAUUAUCUCUAAAUCAUUUUCAGACCAAGAUAAUCAUUCAGAAAGUUGCAAUAACAAUGACAUGUCCACAUGUCCAGUGACUCAAGGGUACGGUGUAACGGAUCUACUCAGUGGGAGCCAGCAGAGUGAAAAGCCAUACGUAUGAAACGUGUUCGUAGAGAAACCUUAGUACUUGUGCACAGGUCAAAUUCAACGGCCUGCUCAGAACAUGUAGAUCCUAGCAGCAAAAAUGAGUUCAGCGCUUCUUCUUGAAUGAUGUUGAUUGCGUAAUCUUGUAGUGGAGAAAGUAGCUCGAUAUAUUCUGAAAGGCCUAUUUUAUAAAAAUGUGUAAAUUAGUCUAUAUUGAGAAAUCGAAGUGAAUGUACAUCUAUAAGACAGAUUUGUCUUUAUAUGAACAUGUCUACUGCUCUAAUAAUCAAAGCACAAUGUUUUUGAAGGCCGAUAACCAAGCUUUUAUUGAGUACAGCGGAGAGAUGGAGUUUUUAUUUUCCUCAUUCACUCGUAUGUAACCGUCUGCGUAGUUGGUGAUAGUUUAGCUGUGUGUGCGGAGAUCGUCAAUUACUGCAGCAAUCUGUGGAGCUCUCGAGACAUGAACAUAGCGUCUGUUGAAAAGGGGAGUCUGUCACCGUGGCGAUGACUCUCGAUGUUGGAUCUGGCCUCUCGUGCAGAUCGCCUGUGAAGGUGGAGGCUGUAGAUGCGCUCGGGUGACGACGGUGCGGCGGGGACGUGAGGGUAUUGACUCGGCUUUGGUAUCAGGAAAAAGGAGGCGUUUACCAAGUGAAAAGUUCAGUGAUCGAUUAGUGACACUAACGGAUUACAGAAAGACAAUUCAUCAAUCAUCUCUUGACAACUUAAUUUGUUCUAUUUCUGCCACCAGGUAUUGAAGCCCUUCAAGAGGAACUCCCCUGAUGUUACACAUCAAAGUCUGUUUCCAGGUGUCAGGGAGCACAAGUGCACAUGCGGGGGGGGGAAACCGUGACUUCUCGCAUCACGAAACAGAAUCUCUCACCAAACUGUCGGCAGGCACGAUGCAUUGUGGGUAAUGUAGGCAUUCCAUUUUCACAUGGAAAACAAAUGAUAUAUAUACCUUGAUUUCGAUACUUCCCAUCGUGAGUCUGACCAAGCUAUACACGUUUAAUUAGUGUUCCUGAUUCAGAAGUGGCGUUCCUAGCGGUAAACACGGAGUGAUGCUUCAGACGUUUCCCCGAUAAAAAUGUUUGCAACAUCUCAGGUGUUGCCUGGCAACAUCAGUCGGUGCACUCGCCACCGAUGAAACUGGAACAGACUGGUGUGAGUAACAUCAGUGGAGAGCUCCCUUUAACACACUCAUGUUGCAUCAUAUACUCUUUAUUUUGAAUACUUUUGUGUAUUUCUACCUCGGUUAUGGGUGCAGAGGCUCUGAGGCCAAACUGCUUGGUUUGCAGUUACGUACGCUUGUCAAAAGACAUCGCAACGUAUUAAUUUAAUCUUUACUUUCUUGUUUGUGUUUUUCUCAAUUGCAUUUCAAGUAAAUAAUUUCACUAAAAACAGACUUGUCUAUUUGACCAAUAAAUAAAAAACAAUCUCUCCAAACGAGCUCGAACUCUUGUGACUAAUGUUGUCAAAUGGUGUUUAUUGGGUGAGGUAAUGCAGUCAGUUAUCAGUUUGAUUGAUGCAGUGGCUUCAAAUAUUAAGCAUGUCCAAUUUUAUGCAGCAGAAAUUCCUAUAAUGGGUUGCAAUUUGUACCCGUUCUUUAAAAAAAAAAUAUAUAUAUACAUGAAGACAUUAAAGUUCUAUUUAAUUUUGUGCCAAGAGCCAUUAAACCAUUAAAAGAACCUCACAACCAGAGUGUCGAUUCAGUGUCCGUCUGACCGCGAGCGUGGACGGAUCGGAGUUCUGCCCAGAAGCAUAAAGUUUGUCAUCAGAAAGAAAGAAAGGCACCACAGAGCUGACGUGGAGAACAUCGUCCUGGGAGACGGAUGUUCUCUCAGUUUAUGUCAUUUCUUUUUUAAUAAGCAAUUCAAGCAUUUGAACAAAUCCCAAACCGUGGCUGUCCAUCGCCGUGCGGCCUACAGGAAGCGGUCCUUCAGUAACCUUAGGCAGACUGAAUGUCGGCGGGGUUUUGUGUCGCUCGUUACCGAAGUGGUUUUUCUUUUCGUCGUCCUAAAGAAUAACUUUCCGCCUGUCGGUCGGGGCGCUCGCUCUCGCUUCGCCAUCAUGAAAUCCCAGGAACUGCCUUUUGUGAACUUGAAGUACCGAUUGGUUAAUAUUGUGAUGAGACGCUCCUCUCAUGGCUGAUAUUGCUGAUCAAUCGUAUGAGUGGAUUAGCAGCUGUCACUGGGAGCGAGGCAGAUCAAACUGGAAGAGCUCUAAAACAUGUGGAUCUUUGGACAGGACUACAACAUCUAUUCUUUUUUUCAUUUUUAAGACGAUAAACAUCUUUGCAAUGUUUUAGUGUGUGUGAGCGUGUCUGUGUUACUUGUGAGAGGAUAACUCCAGAUUGUAUUUCAUAGACUGAUAAACUUUAAACUUUCAAAAGAUUGUGUUGAAUGAAUUCAUGUCUUAAUACAGAAUUGUUUGAAAAAUAAAAUACCUUAAUCUCA